AGAGCGGAUACAGUGAACGCGGGGUCCGGGGAGAGCGGAUAUAAGCGGAUAUAGUGAAUGCGGGGUCCGGGGAGAGCGGAUAUAGUGAAUGCGGGGUCCGGGGGGACCAGAUAUAGUGAAUGCGGGGUCCGGGGAGAGCGGAUAUAGUGAAUGCGGGGUCCGGGGAGAGCGGAUAUAGUGAAUGCGGGGUCCGGGGGGACCAGAUAUAGUGAAUGCGGGGUCCGGGGAGAGCGGAUAUAGUGAAUGCGGGGUCCGGGGAGAGCGGAUACAGGGAAUGCGGGGUCCGGGGGGACCAGAUAUAGUGAACGCGGGGUCCGGGGAGAGCGGAUAUAGUGAACGCGGGGUCCGGGGAGAGCGGAUACAGUGAACGCGGGGUCCGGGGAGAGCGGAUAUAGUGAAUGCGGGGUCCGGGGAGAGCGGAUACAGUGAAUGCGGGGUCCGGGGA